AUGCGCUGCAGCUUCUGCAUUCUGCUUGCUAUUUGCGCAAGGUUGCCAGGCGUCUCCGGUUUCGGGGAGUCACAGAAGUUUCUGAUCGUAUCGUCUCCACUAACGGGCCAUGUGGCUUACUUGAAGCUUCCCUCGGAUGGCUCACCAGCCAUCGCAGAUGGACAGGCAAUGCGGACUCUUAUCAAGUCUGGGUUGGUCUUUCCUCAGGGCUUAGCUGUGGAUGACCACAGGAAACGGCUUUUCGUGGCAGAUCCCAACAAAACUGGUUUGGUCAUGUAUCAGCUUUCAUCGAACGGCGAUACGCUCUCUGUUGGAAGUCCGAAAGAGGUGGCAUCGGGCGUCCAGACUCGUGCUGUGGCAGUGGACGGUCUUGGCAAUGUUGUGUUCUCUGACGAACCAACAAACCGUAUACUCAGAGUCGCUGCUGCGAGCAUUGAUGAGGGCAAGACAUCCCCGGAGGUUAUCUAUGACGGCAGCGCAGUGUCCCACUUGAAGGCACCAGGAGGCGUUGCAAUGGACAACUACUUCGUCUAUUGGUUAAAUAAAGCCGGAGCGCCAAAGGCAGGCACUCUGAUCAGAGGCUUGCAAUACGCAACGGCAGAAACAAUUCGCAAUGCUUCAGCGGGCGUCAAGUUGCUGGCUGAAAACGCACCGAAAUGCUAUGGAGUUUGUCUCGCUGGAGGGAAUAUCUUCUAUACGGAUGAGGCAUCGCACUUGUACGGCAUAAAUCGAGCUUCCACCUCGCGGCAUGUUGCGCGCACCAUCUCCUCCAGCUUGCAGGCACCGCGCGGGUGUGUGUCUGAUGGCGCGGGUACAGUUUAUGUCGCAGAUAAAUCGCAGAAUGCAGUCUUCCGCUUCGCUGCGAACAUGGACAUCCUCAUGCCCAGGCCGAUGGUGAAG